UAACAGAAGCGUUUUCCGGGUUUCAUUGCCCCGUUUAGCUCACGCAACAGUCCUUCCGGCCUGACCGCCAUCAAAGAUAGCAGACAUGGCUAUUCGUUAUCCUAUGGCUGUUGGCCUUAACAAAGGCCACCCAGUCACCAAAAAUGUAACUGCUCCCAAACACAGCCGCCGGCGCGGGGCCCUCAAAACGGGCAUGAUUGUGUGGUGGAAAUCAGUGCAUGGGCUCAGGAUCAGCGUGCCCUCCACAGAUGCAGUGAGAAAAGCUCAGAGCUCUUCUAAUAUUUCUAUACUGUUUUUCCCCUCACAGAUCGGCACUCACAUUCGGGCCAAGAGAAAGAGAGAAGAGCUGAGCAACGUACUGGCUGCCAUGAGAAAGGCUGCUGCCAAGAAGGAGUAAAAGUCAUUUAAUAAAACAUGAAACUACA